CCGGAUUUGCUUGGAUUUCUCGCACAACGGUAGCCAAACCGGUUUCGGCGAACGUCAGAUACCUUUACGAGGUGUACCAUAAUCCUAAAACAAGGAUUUUCUUUGUGCCUUUGGAUAACUCCACUAGUUUGUUAUCGCCUUACUUUAUGUUUAAUAAUUGAAAAAAUAGUAUUUAAAGCAAGCUGUAUUGUAUUACAGAAUCAAUGGAAAAAUUAUGGAUUUGCGUUCAACCAAUGUACCUCCUAGAUACAAAGGCCAAGGCAUUGCAAAAUUAUUGACAGAUAAUUAUCAGAUCCAGACAGUGCCCAUAGUUAUAAAAAGAAAUAAACUCAAAAGUAUUUUCUGAUUAAAUCAAUAAACUGUUAAAAAUGGAUGAAGUGGAGUAUGAAAGCAUAAUUCACUGGUGUUGUCAGAAGCAGUAUUACAAUGACAUGCUAUCAUUUGCAAAGCAAGCAGUAGAUUUAUAUUCCGUAAACGAUCGGAUCAAAGUUCUUCUAGCUGUAUCUUAUACUCUGAACAAUCAUUUCAAAGAUGGAAUGAAAGAAGCUACAUCAUUGGCAUCUAAUGAGCAAUCAGAUACAGCUCUGUCAGGUCUGUUAAUCCAGAGCUACAUAUUCAAGAUACAAGGAACUGCUGAGCGUACAUUAAUUGUUCAGAUUGAUACAAAGAUUAGAGAGGAUCACAGGAAAGCAAAUGCUUCAGCUUUAUCAUUAGCUGCGUUAAUUUUGGUGCUGUUUGAUAAAUACGAUAAAGCUAAGGAGUAUUCUGAAAGAGCUUACAAGCUACAUCCUUCAGAUACUUUUGUACUUUUAGCUAGAGGAUGGUCGUUGUUGACUUUUAAUGAUUUAUCUCAGAAUCCAGAUAAAUAUUUUGAAGCAGUGCUCAAAGAUGACAGCAGACAUUUCAAUGCUUUGUUAGGCUCUGCAAAAGCUAGAGAAUUGAAAGGCGAUCAUUCUGGAGCAAUGCUUAUUAUCAAUCCUCUCAUUGUACGCUAUCCAAAACUCGCUAUCCCUCUUGUUGAGAAAAUGAAUAAUCUUUACGCUCUCAAAGAAUGGGAUCAAGUUAUGGAAAUGGCUAAUCGCAUUUUAUCUUUUGAGAAUAACGACAUCGAUGCAUUUAAAAUGAAAGCUAUUGUCGUGAUGUGCAAAGAUGGAGAUUAUAAUGAGGCAUUGAAAUAUGUGCAAACAUUUUUUAGAAAUCUUAUUGUUGCUGAACCAAGGAAUGUUAAAUUGUUUGUUGAGAAUGUCAAACUGUUCACCAGACUUGCCGUCAGGAAUCAGACUAUUCUUGGGGAACUUUUCAAAGUUACUGAUAGGAUUUCUCAACAAAAUGUAGGUAACAGUUUAUUGAUGGUAGAACUUGGCAACUUAUGUGCUCGAAUGGCAAAGUACAAAGAUGCUGAACACUGGUAUCGUUCAACUGUUCGUGUUGACGAAUCCUCCUUUGCAGCUCUCACUGGUCUUGCAUUAUGUCAGAUGCACGAUUCUACGCCCACAGCUGAAAAUUUAGCAAAACAGCAGAUCGAUUUUCUGUUGGAGAUGCAUUCGGCAAGUGCUGAAUUGAUGUUUAUGUCAGCGAGAUUGACAAGAAAGGAUGCUGGUAAAGCCAUACCGAUGUUGGAGAAAGCUGCUACGAUGUUGAUGGAAAGCUGUAGCAAACUUUACUACAGUUGCGAGUAUUUAAAACAGUUGAAUCCGGACUUGUGCAUGGAGAUUGCAAGCGAGUACCUAUUGCACACAACUAGCGGCUCUGAAAAAAUGACGAGUGGGAAAACUGCGUGUGUGAAGUUAUUAGAGCACGUGACAGACGCGUGCCCAGGCUUGAGCUGUGCACUACUAUUAACGGGCAAAGUCAAGAUGCAGAUCGGCGAUUUGAAUGGUGCUUUGGCUGCGUUGAAAACAUUGCUGGAUAACGUGGAUCGAACGAGUGCGGAGGCUCACUUGCUAAUGGCUCGGAUUUUAGUGAAGCAAGGCCACUACGAAAACGCCUCGCAGACGCUCGAGAUAGGAUUGAGUUACAAUUUCAAAGUUAGGGAUGAUCCGCUUUACCAUAUGAUUCUCGGCUCGAUUGCUAAGGAAAACGGAGAUCUCGAAGGCGCCGUGAAAAAUUUGGAAACGGCCAAGUCUCUAGUAUCCUGUCACAAAACCGGCACUUCUUUGUCCGACAAAGCGACUCUUUAUCUCGAAUUGAUUGACGCUUACGCUGGGCUGAGGAAAUUCUCCGAGGCGAGCACACUGAUGGAAGAAACUCGUUCGUUACUGAAAGGAACCUCGGAAGAAGGUCGAGCGGUCAUCGGUAACGCGGAUCUGUCUCUUCACAUGAACGACGUUGACAGAGCUAUUGAGUUUUUGAAUCAAAUUUUGCCUGGACAACCUUACUACUUACAGGCACAUACCAAACUGGCGGAUAUUCAUUUGAAUCACAGAAAAGAUCGGAAUUCGUUCGCUAAGUGCUUCAGAGAUUUGGUGGAGAACUGCCCUGGAUCGGAGACGUACCGUAUGUUAGGCGACGCAUACCUCGCCAUUCAGGAACCGGAACGAGCUAUCGAGGCGUAUGAAUUUUCGUUGAAGAACAACCCCAAGGAUAAAAAUCUCAUGUGCAAGAUGGGAAAAGCUUUGAUAAAGACACACCAGUUCGUGAAAGCUAUUAAUUUUUACAAGGAUGCUGUAAAGCAAGAGGGUUGCCGAGAUUUGAAACUCGACAUGUCUGACUUGUUGAUGAAACUGAAGCAGUUUGACAAAGCCGAGGAAACUUUGCUUGAGGAAUUAAAUGAGGGACGAGGAGCAACGGAUAUUGCGACAUUAGAGACACGUGGAAAGCAGCUAUUACUGUUGGCGAAAGUUCGUGAGAAAGCGGGAAAACUGCAAGGCGCGUUGAAUACCUUGAAAGAGGCAAAGGAUAACCAAGUGCGUUAUCUUCAAAGAGCGACCAUGCUACCGAAUUUGCUCGAUCAGAAGAACGUGCUCGCGGAUAUUUGCUUCACUAUGGCUGAACACGCAACGUCUAUUAGGGAUUUCAAUCAGGCGGUUGACCAUUACAAAGAGGUGCUCACUUAUAAACCUAACGACGUUAAAGCUUUACUUUCCUUAGCGAAAUUGCAUAUGCAGAUGAACGAUCUUGAAAUGUGCACGCACUACUGUCAGAUUCUGCUGAAUGCUGAUCCAAAUAACGAGGCUGCUUGCGUGAUGAUGGCCGAUUUGGCGUUCAGAAAAGUUGAUUUUGACACCGCAGCCUUUCAUUUCAGGCAGUUGUUGUUGCAGAAACCUACGUAUUGGACUGCUUUGGCAAGACUCAUCGAAGUAUCUCGUCGAACAGGGAACAUCGAGGAUCUUGGUGAGUGGCUUACUCGCGCAGAGUCAGUAAUGGAAAAGCCCGAAGCAGGUUUCUACUAUUGCUCCGGUUUAUUGGAUUGGCGCACGGGAAAGUUUAAUUCGGCACUACGAAACUUCAAUGCUGCUCGUCGUGAUUCUGAAUGGGGACAGCAAGCAAUUUAUAAUAUGAUCGAGAUUUGCUUGGACCCGGAUGACGAUAAUAAUGUAGUAUCCAGUGAGAUUUUUAGCGAUGAUGAUGCGGAUAUAACUGAUUCUAGAAGCCUGGCUUUGAAGAGUGCGCAGCAUCUUUUACAGGAACUGAAUCCCAAAGGCAAUCCACAAGAAAUGUUGACCCAUCGACUUCUUGGCAAUUUUUUCCUGCUUGCAACUAAACAAAAGCAUAAUAUCGAGCGAGCUUUAACAGAUUGCACGGCUCUCGCCAGCCAGGAAAGUCUUCGAGAUCACGUGGGCCCAGCACUCGGACUUGCCACUGCUCACAUACUUUUAAAACAAACUCCGCGCGCAAGGAAUCACUUGAAGCGCGUCAGUAAGAAUACGUGGACUUUUGAGGAUGCCGAGUAUUUAGAGCGCUGUUGGUUAUUACUAGCCGACAUCUACGUGCAAUCCAGCAAAUAUGAUCUAGCAACUGAUCUUCUGCGCAAAGUACUGCAGCAUAACGCAACAUGCGUGCGAGCGCAUGAACUCUCUGGUUACGUGUCAGAGAAGGAACAGAACUAUAAAGAAGCUGCGAUAAAAUAUGGGAUGGCUUGGAAGUACGGUGAUAAGUAUAAACUAAACAUUGGUUAUAAACUCGCUUACUGUCAUUUCAAGAGCAAACAGUAUGCAGAUGCGAUUGAGGCUUGUAUGGAGGUGCUGAAAGUCGAUCCUGAUUUUCCUAGAAUUAAGAAGGAUAUUCUUGAAAAAAGUAUUAAUAAUAUUAGGACGUAGGAUUGUUAGAAAGUUCUUGUAACCAAAACUACUAAUAAUAAUUAUAACCAUCCAAUAAUUAAUUCAUUUGUACCUUUAUGUAGUAUUGUUUAUAAAAGUUCUUGAAAUAAUUAUGCACAUUCCUUAUGAAUUAAUGGCAACUAU